UUUUGAUUUCGUUUCCUCUCUUUAUAAUCUGCGUUGUCGCCUGAAGCGGAGAAAGGGGGGAAGGAAAGGGGCAAAAUAGAGAGAAAGAGAAGGAGAUGGAGGAUGAGAAGUAUUUACCGGAGCUGAUGGCCGAGAAGGACAGCCUGGACCCUUCUUUCGUCCACGCCACCAGGCUGGUGACAGCAGAGAUAACCAAAAUAGAGGCAGGAGAGGGAAGUGAUGAAGAGAAGUUUGUGGAUGUGGUUAGUAACAAGAACAUGAAGCUCGCUCAAAAAGUGUUAAUUCCUGUUAAACAAUUUCCAAAGUUUAACUUUGUCGGUAAGCUUUUGGGCCCACGUGGUAAUUCUUUGAAGAGGUUACAGGAAGAAACACUGACAAAGAUGUCCAUUUUAGGUAAAGGAUCCAUGCGGGACAAAGCCAAGGAAGAAGAAUUACGGAAGAGUGGUGAAUCUAAAUAUGCACAUCUUAAUGAGGAUUUGCAUGUACUGAUUGAAGUAUUUGCGCCACCAUCAGAGGCCUACGCUAGAAUGGGACAUGCUCUAGAGGAAGUAAAGAAAUUCCUCAUACCGGAUUACAAUGAUGAAAUUAGACAACAACAGCUUCAGGAAUUGUCAUACCUGAAUGGUACACCAGAAAGUCCAGAAACUCCAUCAGUUCGAGGGAAACCAGUAAGGGGCCGAGGAGCAAUUGCUCCAGCUCUAACCAGAGGUCGUGGUGGAGUUCCUCCCCCCACAUCUGCAGUUCCACGAGCAGGACCAGUUCCCAGAGGAGCACCUCCUGGUCGAGGUCCUGGAACUCGAGGACGAGGAGUUCCAGCACCAAGAGCAAGAGGAGCAGCAGGUUAUAGACCUCCACCACCCCCUGUACAAGAUUCUACAUAUGGUGAAUAUGCAUAUGGUGAUGGCUAUGGAGCAACAUAUGAAGACCAAGGUUACGACUCAUAUGAUAACAACUACAGCAAUCAAGGCCAAAGCGCAUCGGAUUAUUAUGAUUAUAGUCAUGGAACUGGUCAGGAGUCAUAUGAAUCAUAUGGUCAGGAAGAGUGGACGAAUUCCAACUCUCGGAUGAAAGCUCCUCCAACAAGAGCACCUAAAGGAGCAUACAGGGAGCAUCCCUAUGCACCACGAUAUUGAUCUCACCAUCUACUCUGUGAAAUACAAUCAUCAGUUAGCUGUUUCUGCAGUGAUGUACGCUGUUAAAAGUAAUUGGUUAUUUUAUAUAAAAGUUUUUUUCUUAAAUAUAACAGAUCUGUUUAAUCAGUUCUGAAUUCUUGUAUGAAGUCCUUUGGAUGGAGAAAUUAUUUGAUUUUGGGAAGGAGGAGGGUGGGAAACCUUUGAUCUUGUUACGUGCUCUGUUGGAAACGAGUAAACAGGACUAACACGUAUUUAAGUUUAACUAGUCUUUAAAAAUCUAUUACCAAACUAGGUUUGAUAAUGUAGAUCACUUAAAAUGUAAAGACAGAUUCAGUUAACAGCAAUGUUUUUUCCAUUUUGCUUUUAGUUAUUGUUAAAACUUAGUUUAAGUUUGGUUUGAAUUUAAGUUUUAGCUUGUGUUAGAACGUUAUCCCUUGUAAACUUUUACUUAAACAACAGUAAACUCCAAAUGCCAAGUAAAGUUGUAUUCUUUUGUAACUGAAGUCUCCAGAUAUUCUGUAGUGUUAAGAUCAAAGACAUUGACUAUUCUUGCUUGAUACAAAUAAAGUUUUGAGAGAA